AUGAGUGAGACACCUGCCAACAAAUCUCAAACAGGAGGAGGUACCCAGAAAGGAGGUAAUACGAUUCUACCUUUGGCUCUGAUAGACAAGUGCAUUGGGAGUAGAAUAUAUGUAGUAAUGAAGGGUGAUAAGGAGUUUAGUGGAGUUCUGAGGGGAUUUGAUGAAUACGUAAAUAUGGUAUUAGAUGACGUUCAAGAGUAUGGGUUUAAAGUAGAUGAUGGAGACUCUGGUGAUGGAAACAAGAAACUAAAGAGAGUUUUAGUAAAUCGUUUGGAAACUAUAUUGUUGAGUGGAAAUAAUGUGGCAAUGCUGGUUCCUGGAGGAGAUCCAGAUAGUUUUAACUUUUCUUAG